AUGACUACUCCUCCUCGAGCGUUCAUCCCUCUUGCCAUCUCGACGGACGGUACCCUGCAUCCUGACACCCUCCGCUUCAUCUGGUAUCUUGCGGACAUCAUUGCUCAGCGCUCGAUGCCUCUUGAGGAUGCGGCGUUUGGUCGGCACUUCGUGCCUGAUGACGGACCUGCUGCUGAGGUCUUGGCUCGCAAAUGCGCCGCCACCUAUCAGCGCCUCACCAUGCAGCUGACGCUGGAAGCGCUCUUGUCUGGUGCGAGGCGCAUGACGCCCUUGCGGGCGAAAGCACUCCUCGAGCCAGAGGACAGCUCCUCCUCGGACUUUGUCGAGUCGCCCGAGGAGUCUUCGCCGGAGGUCUCCGACUCCGAUGGGGGAAACCCUUCGAGUGGCCCCGACGAUGGGCGCGGAGCUGGCGACUCGGAGGCGUCUCCGUCCCUCACUGUGACGUCGGGUGCCUCCGGAGAGCUCGACACCACUGGGGUGCUUGCUGCUGGUCCGAGCUCGCCUGCUUCCUCCCCGGCAUCGGUCGGGCACACAGUCCACAGCGAGAAGCUGCACAAUCACACACAAAACACAAGCCCGAAAAGAACCAGCACUGCUGGCACCCAGACGCGGCAUCGCCAGCCCAAGCGCGAAGCCGCGCAGACAAGCAGCCUAAGGGCUGCUUGUCUGCGCGGCUUCGCGCUUGGGCUGGCGAUGCCGCGUCUGGGUGCCAGCAGUGCUGCUGCAACCGCCCCCAGCAGCCCUCGGAGGGCGGCGGCAACGGCAGAAACAGCAACGGCGGCGGCAGCCACAUCGCAGCUGCUGCAGCCGCAGCCGCAGCCGCAGCGCAGCGCAACACCACCGCCACCAGCAGCAACCGCAGCAGCCGCAGCGCAGCCGCAGCACCCGCGUCAGCAGCAGCAGCAACCGCAGCAGCAGCAGCAGCAGCAGCAACGCCAGCGUCAGCAGCAGCAGCAGCAGCAGCAGCAACACCAGCAACAGCAGCGACCACAACCGCGCGGGCCGAGGGAGCAGCGGCAGUCCGGCCAAUCGUCUCAGGAGUCUGAGCCUGCUCCUCCGCCGCGACCUACGCUGUCCCUCACCUCUGCGAGCGAGCGCCAACGACAGUUGGCGAUUCAUCAGUUCACUGCGGGUGACCUUCAUCGGGCGGUACGGACACUACUGAGCUCCGGCAUCUACAAGGCUGAAUCUUUCGCUGAUCUUCUUGCUGAAGCACAAGAGAAGUUCCCUGAUGGUGCGUCGCCUGCCUUUGGAAGUGCUUCCGCGGAUCAUCUCACCCAGCAAGCGCUUGCAGUGCUGCAGGUGGAUUUGACUGACAUCCUCGACACCACUAGCCUGAUCCAGGCGAUCAAGCGCUACAGCUCCUUUGCGGGGACCGAUGACCAAGG